AUGUGGCUCUAUGCCUUCCUCUCAACGCUCUCGUUCCUCACUUUUGGUGUCUGCACGUCAUGCUACUUCCCCGGUGGAAAGCUGGCCGAGAACUACACCCCCUGCGCAGAGAACGGCGACUCCUUCUGUUGCGAAGACACCUCCAUCUGCCUGACCAACGGCUUCUGCAUGUCCCUGACCCAGCCCUACGUUCUCGCACGGGCAGCCUGCACAUCCCAGAACUGGACCAGCACCUCCGUCUGUCACGAUGCCUGCCACUGUGUCACCGAAACCUGGAACACCGGAUGUUCAAUCGUCCUCCUCAACAACGUCAACGGCGUUCAGUGGUACUGUCCGAACUCCAUCGUCGCGACCGGGACCCGGUCCAUCGGUUGCGCGGACGGCGUGGCCCCGAUUCAGAUCCAUCCCGGCUACGCCAUCAAUGGAAAGGCGUUUCUCGCCAAUUCGAGCAUCACCACCACGAUGACCGAGACCCCCAGCUGCCCGGUCGUUAGCGCAACGUCCUCCCCCUCUCCCACACCCAGCCCUACGAACAAUACCUCCUCCUUACCGACCGCGACGGCCCCUGUCGGCGAGCCCAACAGGGACAACGGGGUGAGCCACUCCGCCAUGGUGGCAAUCGGCGCGGGUGUCGGGGUUCCGCUAGCGGUCCUGUCACUGGCCAUUCUCACAUUUGCGUUUCUCGAGCGGAGAAAACGCCUGCAGCUUGAAAGUCGCACGCCGCAGAUGAUCCGCCUGCAGCCUAUCGAGCUCAGCCUGGACCGGAGGCCAAAGCCUCUCGUCGGGAACUUGCAGCCGUAUGAGUUGGCCAGUGAGCCCCUGAUUGAUCCCGUCGGCAUGGAUGGGCGAUAA